AUGAGCAAUGGAGUCGGCGCACCCACGAUAUAUCGUCCUAGUAUCUUGCUACGCCACGGCGAACUUGUGAAUGGCGUCAAGUACGGCCGAGAGUUGCAGUUCAUCAUCGCGCAGAAGACUUGUGCGCCUGCAAUAAAUUAUAUCGCGGAUGUCGCAGAGGACGUGUUCUUCGAUACCAUGGCGCGUCAAUCCAUGCCGCUUCUACGCUCCAAUUGGUCCUUACUCGACGCGGGCUUUUCUCGUGCUUUUGUAUUCCACCUGGCUGUGGUUACGAAUGCCGCCCCUAUCGUUCUCCUGGUAGUUCUGGUUUACCUCGACCGUAUGCGAGGCCGUUUGGUCAUUCCUCCGGCGUGUUUGGGCUAUGGACUGAUCACUGAGCGGCUUUUACUGGGAGCAUGGAUGCUCGCUUUUCAGCGUCUAUAUGGCAGUAUCGACAAUCAUCUCGCGACAUGGGCCGAGGCCACCCGACAGUUCACGCCGCCUGAAGUUGAACAGACUCUGCGUGAGAUCAGAACCGUACUUGAAGACGACCUGUCUUUUACCGAAAUCGAUAUGCGAGUCCACUGUCGUAAAAUGGCCGGAUUCUAUGAAACCUGGACGGAGUCGUCUCCGUAUUCUGGCAAUCAGCCUCUCGAACCUGAGGUUGGCGGUCGUACCGUCAACGAUAAGCCGCUGUAA